AUGGUGUACAUUCGUCAACAACAUCUGGCGAAUUUGCGCAACUACAAAUAUGCUGGAGUUGAUCACUCGCUUGUUAGUCGGUACAUCAUGAAGCCGUUCUACACUAAAUGUGUUAUCGGGUGUUUUCCUAUGGGGAUGGCUCCUAAUGCCAUUACCCUUACCGGAUUCAUGUUCGUGGUUAUUAAUUUCAUCACGGUGAUGUGGUACAAUCCUAACCUGGAUACGGAUUGUCCGCCGUGGGUGUACGCGAGUUUGGCGUUGGGCCUGUUCUUGUACCAGACUUUUGAUGCCGUAGAUGGCAUGCAGGCACGGAGAACGAGACAGAGUGGACCUUUGGGAGAACUAUUUGAUCACAGCGUCGAUGCAUGCAACACCGGACUGGGUGUUUUGAUCUUUGCGGCGGCUAUGAACCUCGGCCAGUCAUGGGCUACGAUCUUGAGUCUAUUUGGAUCAACUAUGACUUUCUACGUGCAGACCUGGGACGAAUACUACACCCAGAUUUUGACUCUGGGCGUCAUCUCCGGUCCUGUUGAAGGUAUUCUCACCCUUUGCACCGUCUACGCCUUCACGGCCUAUAUGGGUGGUGGUAGCUUUUGGCACCAACCCAUGCUGGAGACAUUUGGCGUGUCCAAGCCCAGCUUCAUCUCGCAGCAGAUUUAUGAGAUGCCUUUUACGCAGUGGUACCUGGUGUACGGUGCGAUUAUGCUCCUUUUCGCCGUCGGUUCAAGUAUUUUGCAUGUUAUGCAGGUGCGUCGCCAGCGUGGUCAGGAUCCUAUUGCGCCGCUGUGUGGCCUCUUGCCCUUGGUGGCGAUCUGGACUCUUGUCCCCGCUUACCUGUACCUGAACCCGGCUGUUUUAGAAAACUACACGGUUGUCUUUGGAAUGUACAUUGGCUUGAUCAAUGCCUAUUCCGUGGGCCGCAUUAUCGUUGGUCACUUGGUGCAAUCUGGUUUCCCCUACCAGAACAUCCUGCUGUGGCCGCUGGCGCUCGGUGUGCUGGACAGUGCCGCCCCGUUGGUCGGUCUUUGGUCGGAGCCCGUGUUUAGUGAAGGAAACGGGCAGACCAUGUUUGUGUUUGGAUGUCUCGGUCUCGCGGUUGGCGUUUACGGAAGCUUCGUGUUCGAUGUGAUCACCACAAUCUGCGACUACAUCGAUAUCUGGUGCCUAACCAUCAAAUACCCAUUCGUCGAAGAAACAGAGCACAAGAACGGAUCGGCGACGAAGGCGCUGGUCGAGGGUGCUUCAAAAAAGACGAUUUGA